UCGAUUUCUAGCCAGUUUUCUUUAGUUUUACAAUUACGCAAGUCUCCUGUAGUAUCCGGUAUCAAGGAAGUGUGCUAUUGGUUGUUGAAGAAAAGCGGAUCGGACGCGUCUUGCCUUCGUAUCGAGAGGGCCUUCGUAUCGACGUUUGCUUGGAUGCCCUGCUGAGAUUCGCUUUCGUUGAUCGUAAACGACCAGAAAGGAGAUGGCCGAUGUUAGUGAAGAUAGUCCCCGGAAGCUGCAGGCGGCCUACAACAAGCUUAAGCAACGUUUUUCUGAAUUGACUAAAGAGAACCAGAACCUGUGUCAGGAAAAUUAUGAUCUCAAGCGCAACUUGCAGGUCGCGACCCAGACGAAUGAUUUUCUCUCCAGUGAAGUAGACUCCGUUGCGGGCGAAUGGCGCGACAAACUAGAGUCCGAGCAUUCCUUGGUCAACAAACUGACCGAAGAGUUGCAUCUAGUCAAGACCAGUUCGAAGGAGUCAUCGGAACAACUGGAGCAGGACAUUGAACGGUUGAGAAAUAAGAUUAAGCAGCUCGAGGGAGAACUUAAAGAUGCGGAAGAACGAGCUCUCGUCGCUAACGCUGGUACUGGGAACGUGUCCCACAGCGAUUCGCUGCAGAUGAAAGGCUUUGAGAUGGAGGAAGAAAUCGCCUCAUUGAAGGUCCAACUGGAACGGACAGAGAUGUGUCUGCAGCAAGCAAAUUUAGAAAUUGCUAGAUUGUCCAACGAAAACGCUGAUCACAGCGAACGGUACAGUUCGUUGCGAGGCAACUAUGAGCGGAAAAAGGAAGAGUUGGAGGAGCUAAAGAAUCUCCUCGAAAUGACACAGGAACAGGCGGCGGUUCUGACUUCUGAAAUUGCUUCAAUGCGCUCCAAUCCGGAGAAUGAUUUGAAUAAGAAGGGCAACUCUCUGUUCGCUGAGGUGGACGAUCAGCGCAAAAAGUUAAUGAACAUCAUCAAGACCAUCAAGGAACGAUACAACGAUCUCAAGAUGGAGCAUCGCAAUUGUCCGGCAAAGAUUCGUCAGCUGAAAAAUAUGAACGACAGCCUUGCUCGAGACUUGAAACCGUACGUGAAUAUGUUCCAUCAGGCGGAAAGUAAAUUCAAGGAGGCACUGUUGGAGCAGAUAAACGACAUGAGGACACAACUGGAGAAAGCGAAGGAACGGAACAAGUUUCUAGAGCAACAGUUACGCACCAACAGCGCGGAAUGGGUCAACUCUCUCACGGAUUAUUACAAAGCUCAAACGGACAAUCUGGAGGCACGAUUGAAAGUAUUCCAAUUCAAGCAUCGGCUGGCCGAGGAGGAUCAUUGGUUGGCCAAGAAAGAUCUUUGUAAGUGGCGUACCGAAGCUCUUCACUUGAAGCAGCUGCAAUGUAUUCAGCAAUUGCAAAAAAUUGAUCAGAACGACGAAAGCGACUGUCCUGAAUUGGCGAAGGGACCUGAUCCGAUUCCUACGGAUCGUUCAACCCAGGCGGAAUCUGUCGAGAUAGCAACUGCCAAUAUUAAAACGGAAAAUACGGACUCUCUCUCCCGAGUGAUGAAAACGGAGCUUUUCUCCGACGAAUCGUCGGGACCCGAGGAUGGACAGUUAGAAGUGAAGUUUGCAAAGCUACUGAAAGUUGAACCCAUUUUUAAUGACUUUCAGGAGAAUGUUCCUCCAAUCGAAACCAACAACACUGCCCUGGUAGACAAGAAAAUGUUCAAUCAAGUGUGCCUAAUGCCGAAUCCGGCUGCUGGUGUGUUACAGCCUACUAAGGAUGUUAAUAGCGCCGAUGUUGGCAAACCAAUCUGUAGCGUAAAGCAAGAAAUUCCAGUUCGCGACGGUCAAUCACAUUUGUCCAUCAAAACUAGUUCAGUCACAGUAAAACGGAUCAAAAUCGGAUCGAAGAUGCAAGGGAAUGCUAACGAAGGAGUGAAUUGAUGUGCAAAACUGCGGGCAAAGCAAAUCUUUCCCAUUGCUCUCUAGCAUUCAAUGCAUGAUCGUGGGAUCUCUUUGGAGCUACUUCCACCCCGAGUCCUUUUAUCAGGAUUGAGAAUGUACAACUUAGCGCGAUUAAAUAAAAAUGUCCUUUUUAAGCAA